CGUCAUCGACCGUAGAGCUUGUGCCAGUGUUGUGAGUUUGCUCCAAUGACUUUUUUUAAUAAGCCAAGUAAAAAUGGAUAACGGUGGUGAUAUUUUACGAUUAUGCAGACUGUGUUUAGUUAAGGACGAUGUUAAUAUUCCAAUUUUUGAGGAACAAGGUGAUAUUAGGCAAAUAUUUCUGAAGAUUAGUUCGUGUCUACCGGUUAAGGUGUCACGAGAAGACAAAUUGCCCAAAAAAAUAUGUGAUGGAUGUUCCUAUAAGUUAGAUAUGUUAUAUGAAUUUUGGAAUACGACCGCCAACGCGGAGAAGCAACUGUUAUCAUGGUUGGGGGAGGCUGGCAUGAACGCCAAGAUGGCAGAUGGCACGAUAUCUGCGGUGGCACAACAAAUCAAACCUGUAGAGACUUUUGUAAAGCAAGAGGCGAUAGAUCCCUCGGAUAUACACACGGAGGACGAUGACGACAAAAGUUACAUGUUCCAGCAGAAGUUCGCCGUCGAAGAGGCGGGUCCUUCUGCCACUGUUACCUCGAAUGAGGAGGAGCCUCCCCCCAAGAGGGCGCGACGGACGGCCGCCGUCAAAGCCCAGAUUGCAAUGGACCCCGAAAGCGAUGACGACGACGAUUCAGGGGAGCCGAUGACAAAGGUCGAGGACGAAAGUGAAGAGAGUGAAGGCGAUGAUCACGAGCCUCCAUUCGUCGACGUACCCUCGACCAGCGCUGACGAUCAGCCUGGUCCUUCGGGCGUGGGAAAAGACGGCGUCGAAGCACCGUCGAAGAAGAAAAAGAGGAGAGCAAAAUCCACGAUAAAAUACAACAGUGUCAAACACGAAGGGAAGACGUCCAAACCGUUAAAAGUCUGCACCGUCUGCGGGAAGACCUUCACGGACAUAAGACGACUGAAAAGACACUUUGUCUCCCACAGUGACGAGCGACCCUUCUCCUGCAACCUGUGCACCAGGAAAUUUAAGAUGAAAUUCCAACUAGUAGCGCACCUGCGCGUGCACGACGAGAACAUGUCCUUCGAGUGCGACUUUUGUUCGAAAAAGCUACGAUCCAAGGGCUCUUUGAUCGUUCACCGGCGAAGACACAUGAAAGAGUACGUGGCCAAGUGCGAGGUCUGCGGACAGGGCUUCGUCACCAACCAGGAGUACAGCAACCACAUGGGCUCCAAGCACGGCAUCAGCAAGCACAUCUGCGACUUCUGCGGACGGGGUUGCUACGACAAGUCCGCCCUCCAGAGUCACAUGGCCCGCCACGCGGAAGACUACGAAACCAAUAAGAACAUACGGUGCAAGCUGUGCGACAAGACUUUCCUCCAGGAAAGGUACCUGAAGCACCACUUCCUGCGGAUGCACAAGAACGGGGGACAGAGGUUCGUGUGCGAUCACUGCGGCAAAGAGGUGAACUCCAAGAGGAGCCUGCGCGAUCACCUGCUGAUCCACCAAGGGCUCAAGCCUAUUCAGUGCAAGGAGUGCGGUAGGUGUUUCGCCUUGAGAACCACCCUGAAACUUCAUAUGAGGACACACACGGGGGACAGGCCGUACGAAUGUAGUCAGUGCGGCAAGUGCUUCACGCAGAAGUCACCGCUCACGGUACACAUGAGGUAUCACACGGGGGAGAGGCCUUACGUAUGCAGCGUGUGUCAUAACGGGUUCGUCAGCAAGGGGGCGCUGUCUAUACACCAGAAGAAACAUAGAUCGGUGUCGAAGAAGCGCAACAGAAGAAAGCUUGACAAAUUACUUGACCCCGACUACGUCGCCCCCAAGAUCAAAAGACCCACCAACGACUUCGACUUCUCCGAAGACACCUCGGACAACAACUUCCUGAAAUUCGCCUGCGAGCUGUGCGACGAAAAGAUCCAGUCGAGCGUAGCUUUCGCCCUACAUUCCAUCAGGCACUCCUCCACCAAGAAGUACCACUGCCACUACUGCAAGUACAAGACCAGCACCGUCAAGCGCAUGCGCCGGCACAUGUGGAUCCACGGCAACGGCGGCAAGGUCUUCCAGUGCGAGACCUGCUCCACCGUCUUCCCCGAGUGCAUCCAGGCCAUCGAACACAAGAACUUCCACUCGGGCGAGAUGCCUUACAAGUGCGACACCUGCGAGAAGCACUUCAUGUUCUCCUGGCUGCUAUUCACCCACCGCCGCCUCUUCCAUUGGGACUCCAAGGGCGACACGGGGCCCUUCACCUGCGACACCUGCAACGGCAAAUUCGGGACGCGGUCCGGAUUGCGCAAACACAUCUUCAGGAAGCACAACAGCGUGCCCAAAGAGCCAACCCUCUGCGACAUUUGCGGGAAGAGCCUGGCCAACAACGAGACGCUCAAGUUCCACAAGAGGACCCACACGGGGUACAAGCCGCACAUCUGCAGCACGUGCGGGAAGAGCUUCUGCAAGAAGGGGCUGCUGGUGGAGCACGAGAGGGUUCACACGGGGGAGAGGCCCUUCAUCUGUCAGUACUGCGAGAAGGGGUUCUCCCAGAGGGCGCCGCUGAAGAUUCACUUGAGGAUCCAUACGGGGGAGAGGCCAUACGUGUGUAAAUUUUGCGGGAAGGGGUUCUUCGACUCGUCGAUACUAAACAAUCUAAUAUACGGCCCAGGAAUCUCCAUAACGCCUGUCAAGCAAGAAAUCUACGACUACACUGCCAACGGCCCCGACAAGUUCAAUCCGUUCAACGGAUUCAACGGCUACAACCCAUUCAUGAGUCAGUUCAUCGAGAACGAGAUAAAGCUCAACGCGAAAAUGAGCUCCCCCAAACCGGAAAAGGAAAUAUCCAAGCCCGCAGCUACCGGUAACAUAAUAGACUGUUUGAACAAGACUAACAAGCUCAAGAAGAAGCCCGAGAAACCAAAGAGUACUUCGGAUAGGAACGCGCCGCAACCCCCCACCCUAGACGAACCCAUUCAUUGCGAAACUUGCAACGACACGUACAAGAACAACGUCGCUUUCGCCUUACACUCGAUUCAGCACACCCAGGAUGAUAAAUACGAAUGUCAUCUGUGCGACUAUCGGAACGCUUCCAAGUACCACAUCGAAAUGCACAUAAGGGCCCACGAAGGCACCACCAAGUACAAGUGCGAGGUAUGCGGCAAGGCCUUCACCGUGAGCACCCACGCCAUAGAGCACAAGUACUUCCACACCGGCGAAAAACCUUUCCAGUGCGAGAUAUGCGGCAAGCACUUCAUGUUCUCCUGGUUCCUCACAUCGCACCGCAGAACCCAACACUGGGAGAUAAUGACCGGCAGCCCCCUGGUGAAAUACGACUGCACCAUCUGCAACAAGCACUACACCUCCUCCACGGGUCUGAAGAGGCACAACCUUAGCAAGCACAACUCCUCGGGCAUCGACCCGUCAGUGCUCUGCGACAUCUGCGGCAAGAGGCUGUCGAGUAAGGAAAAACUGAAAUUCCACCGGAGGAUCCACACGGGGUACAAGCCGUUCUCGUGCGAGGUAUGCACCAAGAGCUUCUCCAGGAAGGAGCAGCUGAAGGAGCACGAGAGGGUGCACACGGGGGAAAAGCCCUUCAUCUGCAAGUACUGCGGCAAAGGCUUCACCCAGAGGUCCCCGCUCAGGAUACACGAAAGAACGCAUACGGGGGAGCGGCCUUAUGUGUGUAUGAUCUGCGGCAAGGGGUUCAUAUCGAAGGGGGUGAUGGACACGCAUAUGAAGACCUGUUCUGCGGCGCAAAUGCACUAUAAUUAUACAGAACACCGGAAGAAAGCACUAGAUGGUGUUAACAGUUCGGGUGUGGAUGUCCGGUUCAUCACAAAGUUGAGUCCUGUUUGGGAACCGGACGACGAGAAGCCCAAGAAAAAGAGCAAGACGCGCAAAGUCCGGAGAGAGAAGAAAGAGAAGAAGGUUCGGAGAAAAAAGAUCGACAUCGUCCACCCGCCGCCCAUCGAGCUGGACGAACCUAUCCAGUGCGACGUGUGCAGCGACACCUACAAGAAUAACGUCGCGUUCUCUCUACAUUCCAUCAGCCACAGCGAUGACGGCAAAUACUCUUGUCACAUAUGCAACUAUCGGAACGCCUCCAAGUACCACAUAGAGAUGCAUGUGAGGGCUCACGAAGGCACCACGAGUUACAAGUGCGAGAUCUGCAACAAGGCCUUCACCGUGAGCACCCACGCCAUGGAACACAAGUACUUCCAUUCCGGGGAAAAGCCCUUCCAAUGCGAGAUAUGCGGGAAACACUUCAUGUUCUCCAGAUUCCUCGCCUCCCACCGCAGGACCCAGCACUGGGAGAUCAUCACCGGCACGCCCUUGAUCAAGUACGAUUGCACCAUCUGUAAAAAGCACUACACCUCCUCCAGCGGCCUGAAGAGGCACAACCUCAGGAACCACAACACGGAAGGCAUAGACACCUCGGUGCUCUGCGACAUAUGUGGGAAGAAAAUAUCCAGCAACGAGAAGCUUAAAUUUCACCGAAGGGUGCACACGGGAUACAAACCGUUCGCUUGCGAGGUCUGCGGCAAGUGUUUCUCCACGAAGGAACAGAAGAAGGAGCACCUCAGAGUCCACACCGGCGAAAAACCCUACAUUUGCAAGUACUGCGGCAAGGGUUUCACCCAGAGGUCUCCCUUGAAGAUACACGAGAGGUCCCACACGGGGGAGAUGCCCUACGUGUGCUUGAUUUGUUCCAAAGGGUUCAUCUCGAAAAGUGCCAUGGAUACCCACAUGAAGCACUGCACCUUUCACAUACCUUGUUAGGGGUUUCCCGUUUUACAUAGGGGGUUGUUUUACAGGGUACGACAAGCUUAAUCCUACUAAGUGAUGUUGAGAAACUAGGAUAGGUAAUAUGUUAAUAGUUUUCAGAACGGUUUGGAAAUGUAUGGAGAGUGUCUUUUAGAAAAUUGAUGUUUUUGGAGAAUAUAUAUUUUUUAAUGUUUGCAAUAAGACAUAAUUUGUUAGAUUACACUUCUAACAAUGAGGCACACUCCAUAUUGGUUAUAUGUUAUUUUAAAAAUAUGGUGGUAGUGUUUAUCAAAAGCACUAUAUUUUCCCGGUGAUCUGUUCAUAGAUAUUUUUGUGUAAUGUUUUUUACUGGAGUUACUGGAUAAUUAAAAUUUUAUAAACGCUCGAACCAAAUGAAAUAAAAGUAAAUGUGAUUAAACCGUCACAAUUGCAGGUAUUACCAAAUAAACAAUUUGACUAAAAAUGUACAGCUCUUAUUUAUGAUGUAUAUAGACUUUAUUUAGAGAAUAAUUUAAGAAUAAUAUAAAUAAUCUGGUAAUACCUCUUUCUUUUAUUAAAAAAAGAGUUUAUAAAAUUUUAUAACAAGUAAAUGAACACGUUGUUAUGUGUAGAUAUAGUAGUUACCUAAUUUUAUCUGUUGUGAAGAUUGUGUUUACAAAUAUAAAAAAAGGUUGGGAUAAAAAAAUGUUCAAGCAAUACUUGUCAUGCUGCCCUUGUUUGUAUCUACUGUUAUUGUAUGUUCACAUAAUUCGUAAUAAAUUAUUGCAAAUUUUGUUUUA